GCGUCGCACACAUGUAAGAGCCGAGAUGUAUUAACAGGUCCAUGGUAUUUACAGUAUGUACAUGUUGACAUAAGAACUAUCGAAGGUCGUCCAUGAGUCAAGGGAUGUCUGAGCAAUCGCCUCCCAAGGACCUGUAUGCAGUGUUGGGAGCCGAGCCCUCGGACUCACCACAACAAUUAAAAGAUAGAUACAAGCAGCUUGCCUUGAAGCACCACCCGGACCGUCUGCGAGGGCUGUGUGCCUCGGCGGCGGAGGCCUCCCUGAAGAGGUUCCUGGAAGCAGAACAGGCCUGGAGGAUCCUUGGAAACCAGGAGGCCAGGAGUCAAUAUGACCUGCACAGAAAAGAUAUUGAUUUGCAACAGGCCUGGCCAGUGGAUUCCAUGAUUUCUCAAGACGACAUGAUAUUUAAUCCAGAUGACAAAUCAUAUACAUAUGCGUGUCGCUGUGGCGGUGAGUUCCUCCUCCCAGAAGAGGAGCUGAGUGAUGAGAUGGCAUCGAAACAAGGGAUUCAAGGAGCAGAGGUGUGCUGUGAUACCUGCUCGCUGAGUGUAUGUGUCACAAAGUCCUGAUAGAGGAGGGCCAGCAACAGGCAGUGAACAAUUCUGAAUGACCAACUUGCCUGUUGAAGGCCAACACAAAAUCAGUGCAACUGUUUACAAACCUACCAUGUGCAAAGUGGUCCUGAUUCAGUUUUGGCUGUUGAUGACUAUAACAGUAUGCAACUGUGUUGUUUUAUCGCCAAAUCUCUAGAUUGGAUGAAAAGGAAAUUUGGUUUUCCUGAAUAAUAUCUUCGACAUACAUGUUAUGAACAAACACUCGUAGAAAUUGUAACACACUUCUUGGAAGUUUGUUCCACUGCUGUUAUCAUUGCAGAAAAGACGCCUUGUCAGCCAAACGUAGUUCUACCUUGAAGCUGUGUCUGUUUCCACCAUCGUUCUCAGUGGUAGGCCUAAGGCAGGCAGGCUGGGAGUCACCACAUCUAACCUGGACAUCACCACACAGGCUUUGUUUACUUUACGCCUCACCGGAGGACACAUAUCCGGUUAAAUGUGCAUGUGUAAUGAGCUGGUAAAUGAUGAUGAUGUUAUUGCAUGCUGCUGUGCUAGGCUGCAGCACAGUGUUGCUCCCACAGCACACGGCCCUUUCUGCCUCCGGUUUACAACUAGUUCUGUGAUUGUUAGUCUGUAAUAAAAGAAAAUAACGCAACAUCCAUCCCUACAGGGUGUCGGUCAUCGUGCACCCCCAAGUGUUUGAUUGGUCACCCUGUUUUUUCUAGACAUUUUUUUGCAUCCUCGUGUGAGAUGAUGGUGAAAUGAUCUGAUGUCUUAUUAUGGUGGGUUCCUGAAUCCUCAGACGCCAGCCUUCCGAGUUGCACUUUUGGCGUCAUUUUUGGUCUCGGAGCAUUUAUAGCGUUCCUGUUCGUCUUUGUGUUUGUGUCAUGAAAUUGGCUAGUCGUUGUUUAAUGUUAGCUACAUAAGCCUCUUUAGCAAACCAGCCCGAAAACAAACAACACAACGUAACAUUGUAUUGCACGCACAGAAAGACCGUGCAAUGCAUAAAUUGGUGACCGGAAUAAAGUACCAAUGUCAUUGUCGACAUUAAAAUGACCAACGUGGUACAAAUGCAAAGAAAAUAAAUGUCUUCACGGGCGCAGCCAUUUUGUUGAGUGUCAUCACUGCUCUCGGUCUACGCUCAGAAUUCCGAAAGAUGAAGACAAAAAGGGGGCGUGCCUCCGAGAAAUGCAGCAAGAAAGCUGGGAGAUCUUCGACUAUCGCCACGGAAGGCUGGCGUCCGAAUAUUGAGGAACGCACCAUUAUUGCUGUAUUUGCUGUGUUUCUUUUGAUCAUUUGUCACCAAGUGCCGUGACCAAAAAAGAUAUUGUCAUGCACGCAAACCCAGGCCUUACAUGUAUUAUAUGUUAUUUCCUGUUCUUGUUAAUACAGAUUGAAGCUAAUUUCUGUGAAUCACAUCUCUGUGCUUAUUUGCCACCCAGGAGGGGUAACUAGUAGCCUAGCGAAUAUAACUUUGACUAUAAUACACACACGUGUAUAUAAUUGAAUUUAUUUUUCUCAGGCAUCAGGUUAUGUGCCCCUAGGGGUGUCAGCCUUCAUCACUCUAAUAACAUGCAGAGAGCGGUGAGAGGCAGAGGAGGUUUGAGAAAGAAAUGGGGUCAAGACAUAAAGAAAGUGAUCUAAAGGGGACUAAUUGUAGGUCUCAAUCUAGAGGGGGAGUUGGUCGGGCAAGAGGGAAGGGCUGGAGAAGGGAUAAGAGAGACUGUGAUCUAAGCACUCUAAUUGCAGUGUCACUAAAAGCAAUUUUGUGUCCUGCAGCAUUCCUCGAUCUAUGUCAAUAUUUCACCACCCCUCAAUUGACACGUCAUCUUGACAGCUGCUCUGUUAUUCACGCUGUAUCUUUGCACUUUGCCAGACCCAGUGUCUCUCCUAUAUAAAGUUAUCGUGGAACUUUUUCUCCUGGGGACUUUUUCAACUCGUCUCAAGCAGCGAGGGGUUAGAUGGACGGUAUAAUGGUUAAGAUGACUUUCUUUAUCUGUGGCUAUCAGCUGCCACACACUAAAUGAGGAGUGCCCUUUAACAGCUGACUGACCAAUGAGAGUAUAGUCAUUAGCAGGUCUUAUCCCAUUGUGCAUCUGUCACCCCCCCACUGUGAGGAGCAGCUCUUUCGUUCAGAGGGCAGAUAGGUAUUGACAGCUGCAUUUUAAACUCUUUGGCCCGCCCAGCCAAACAAGGGUCUAUUCUGGGCCAUUCUCUUCUCUUCUUCUGUUCUACAUUCUUCAAAGGGGUUUGCUAGACCCGGUUUAGCACGUAGAUGGCUCUAUACUGAAUUGGUGAACAUUGUUGUCCCCUGCCGAAAACAGGAUUUGAAAACCAUCAUUAAGUGUUCAUGAUUUGGACACUAACCCUAACCCUAACUGACACCUGAAUUGGGACGUCAAUGAGAUAAAUAGUAUAAAUUCACAAUCUAUAUUUAUAUAUCCUUAUAGGAGAAGGUGGCUGUCCCUACUCCGGACUUCUUCCUUUUUAGUUCAUAACGAGCAUACUUAAAUUAUAUUUGACUUAAAUCUUAUUGGAGUUUGAUAAAAUCUAACAUUUUCAUUUAGUCUUACUGGUAGUAGAAUGAUACAUUUUCUUGGACACAAAUAAUGUAAUUAUAAACGUAUAUACUUUUUAUCCUAAAUAAAAACAUAUAUUUAUAUCAUAAUACGCUGUUCCCCUAUUCUCAUGUCACUAGUGCCUCGCUUCCGAAUGAUUAAAGAAGCCACUUGAGGCUUCACCCCGGCAUCAACACUACGCGCAGCAACACGCGUCUUUGGUCCAAUUUGUCAAAGUUUGCCAUAUGUUUACCAUGUCAUUCAUGUAAUAAACACCAAGACAUGCUAACAAGCUACUGUAUCCCCCAGGAAAAGGAAAUCCAUCUGAAUGUCUGCCGCAGCCAAUUAGCAACUCCCCAGAGGGACAUUAUUUUAUAUUAACACAAUUACCAGUGUAGUCCAGUCAAAGGGUUCGGAUGAGCCCUGAACUGGUAGUGUUGACAACAACGAUGGUGAUGAUGAUGGUUGCGCCCUAAAACAAUAGGGGGACUUUUGUCAAAUUGUUGAAAUUGAAUGUGUGUUUAAACCUCUCAUCAUAUCAAUUCAGUCACAUCGAGUCACCAGGGCAAUUUCUACCCAUUCUUUUCUGCCUUUGCUUUAAGUUGGUGAGUCAAGUCAGAGAACCAAGAUUGUUGAACCUGGUUCAAAUCCCGGACCUUCUGGGGUUCUGAAUGAUGCCCCUCAAUACAAACUGUACACAGAAUCUGUAUGACAAUAUGUUAUCCAAUGAUGGUUGAUGGUUUCAAGAUUUAAAAGAAGAAAUGGACAAAAAAUGCUUAUUCUUAUUCUUAUUUUGUAGGUAGCUGAUACUUACUCCUAAACCAUGUAAUUUGUACCCUGAAGUUAAUAAUUCUUGACUAUAAUUCUUUUCAUUGAUAGCCUACAAUGGAAUUCGACUAUCGUCAACUUUCUGGGCUUUUAUAUAAAAAAAUAAUCCCAAACACCCUUCUCCUCUUAGUGUUAAAAGAUGAGAGGAACUGUUAUGACAUGCCUGUUACCAUAGCAACCCCACACCGUAGGGAAGACUAUCUGUCAGGAACCAUUUUACACUCCCCCUGG